AUGGGACUGGCUAAGAGCAGUCGGCCUGCAGAAGCCAUGGAGAAGCCAUGGAGUCCUGCGGAGGCACAGAGGUCGGUGGAAAGAAAGGCCAUUUCCGCAGCAUUGCUGCUGGCCAUUCACACGGCAUUUCAGAAGCAAUCUCUUUUUCCAUCCCACAGCUCCCUCGGCUGCUUUGGGGAGAAUGAACUGAUGGGAGACAAGAGAAGGCCAAAACCCUGGGAGGAGCCCUCCACACAGGUAGCGCGGUGGUCCAGGCAGGAGAAGAAAGGAGCGCCAGCUGAAUGUGCAGGAGUGGAAGUGAUGAGCCUGGUGCAGCUGUGUGACGUGUUUAGAACCAGCAGGAUCUUGGUUUGCCCUGUGAGCCGCCUCGGCCUGCGGUGA